AAUGUUCCUGAGUUGAAGCGCAGCGUUUCCUUAAAUCCAGACUUUGCCUACGAACUAUUUUGACUCUGGUUUUAGGUCUCUUCAUGUAGCAUAAAUGCCGAAACUUUUGCAAAAAGCUCCGGUUCUCGUUGCCGCCUGCGUCUGCGUUCGUUGCUAGGCGAUGGACGGGCAGCAGAUCCCGGUGAGCGACCAAGAACCCAAAGCCCUGCGAGAAGACACGCGGAGGAGGAGGAGAAAGAAGGCCAUCAUGUCGUCGUCCUGCACCUCCAUGGAUCAGAUCAGCGUUGAGUUUGUCCUGCCCACCUCGGAGCGGGGCGGAAACAGCCCCGAGAUGCUGCAGCUGGAAGUGGCUGGAAACUGGACGGUGGAACAGGUGAAAGCUCAGGUGUGGCUGAAGGCGGUGACUUUAAACCUCUGUCCUGACUUCUACCAGCGCUUCUCCCCCGACCACUGCAUCCUGCUCUACCAGAAGAAAGGCAACGUGUGCGAGAUCUACGACAAACACCAGGUGUUCCAGACGCUGGACUGCAUCUGUUACUGGAGAGCCCUGAAGAAAGACGUGGGGCGGAUCCAGCUGGUUCCCCGUCCGCAGCCCUCGGACGAGUCCCAGCAGUACCAGCGCUACCUCAACUACCUGAUCGGCUACGACGUGACCGAUGUCAGCAACGUGCACGACGACGAGCUGGAGUUCACCCGCAGGAAGCUGCUGACGCCGCGACGCAUCCAGCUGGCUGACCGCGACGCAAAACUCUACUCCAUGGACCCCUGGGUCACCCGCAAGCCGCUGCCUGAGCACCUGCUCAGCAAGAUCAGUAACGGUAACAUCCUGGUGGUGAUCCACAUCGGCACGGCCAGCCAGACCAUCAAGGUCUCCAUCGACAACACGCCAGCACAGGUAUUGGUGAGCUUUCUCGCCAAGACCGCAAAUAAAAGAAGUUUGCUGGGCAUUCCUGACAACAUGUGCGAGGCCGACUUUGUGCUACGUGUGUGUGGAAGGGAGGAGUACCUGUACGGGGAUAAACCGCUGCAGGACUUCAACUGGAUCCGUCAGUGUCUGAAGAACGGGGAGGAAAUCCACCUGGUUCUAGAGGCGCCACCUGAUACAGACCUGGAUCUGGUUCAGAAGGAGGACUGGGCACAAGUGGACGACUGCACCGGAGUCGCAGGUACCCACGAGCAGUUGACCAUCGAUGAGAAGGACCAUGAACGAGUGUUCACCAUCUCCAUGUGGGACUGUAACAGGAAGUUCCGAGUGAAGGUGCUGGGUAUUGACAUCCCAUCUCUCCCCAAAAUCCCAGAGUUUAUUGUCUUCGUAGAAGCCAGCAUCUUCCACGGCCAGCAGCUUUUAGCCCAGGAGAGGACGUCCUCUAAAACCUUCAAUGAAGAAGUGCUGUGGAACUGCUGGUUGGAGUUUAACAUUAAGAUCAAGGACCUGCCUAAAGGAGCACGACUCAACCUCCAGGUGGUCUGCGGGAAGCAGUCCCAGACGCCAAACUCCAAGGGAUCCUCCGCCUACCAGGAUAAUACAGCGGGAACAGGCAGCCAUGAUGGAAAGAUCAAGAGCCGUCUUCUGUACUACGUCAACCUGCUGCUGAUCGACCACCGCUCCCUGCUGCGCCAGGGCGAGUUCAUCCUCCACAUGUGGAAAAUGCCCGAGAAGAGCGAGGAGAGCAGCAGCAGCAUCAACGCAGACAAGCUCACCUCAGCCACCAACCCCGACAAGGCCUCGGCCAUGGCCGUCGCCAUCCUGCUGGACAAGUACUGCUACCCCGUGGUGCUGCCCAAGAGUCGGGAUGUGGGCCGGGACGCCGCUGCCGCCGCCGGUGGCGGCGAGGAUGCCGAGGGAGGGGAGCGCGGUCAGAGAGAGAUGCCCAACCACCUGAAGAAACAGUUUGCGGCGAUCGUGGCCACAGACCCCCUGCAUCCGCUCAGCCCUGAAGACAAAGAGCUGCUGUGGCACUUCAGGCAUGAGUGUAUGCGCGACCCCAGGGCCUACCCAAAGCUCCUGGGUUCAGUCAGGUGGGGGAAACAGGAAGAUGUUUUGGCAACACACCGUCUGUUGGAGCGCAGCAGCGCGUGGGACAGCAGUGGUCUGGACGUGGGUCUGGCCAUGCAGCUGCUGGACUGCCACUACUCGGAUGCUCAGGUUCGCUCAAUGGCCGUCAGGAAGCUGGAGACUCUGGAAGAUGACGAUGUGCUCCGAUACCUUCUGCAGCUCGUGCAGGCGGUCAAGUUUGAGCCCUACCAUGACAGUGCCCUGGUCAGGUUCCUGCUGAAGACAGCUCUGAGGAGUAAGCGUAUAGGCCAUUUUCUCUUCUGGUUCCUGCGCAGUGAGAUCGCUCAGUCCAUGCAUUACCAGCAGAGGUAUGCUGUCCUGCUGGAGGCCUACCUCAGAGGCUGUGGUGAGGACAUGCUGCAGGACUUCAGGAAACAGGUGGAGAUGACGGAGGCUCUGCAGAAAGUCACCCGUGAGGUCAAGGCUAUGUCUGCUGACAAGUGCGAUAUCACAGCACAAGUGGUGUUUCAGUUGCGUCAGAAGCUGGAGACUCUGCAGUCGUCCGGUCUGCCGGAGAGUUUCCGAGUCCCUUACGAUCCUGGACUAAGAGCUGGAGCCCUGCUGAUCGAGCAGUGUAAAGUGAUGGCGUCUAAGAAGAAGCCACUGUGGCUGCAGUUUAAAAGGGCCGACCCCACCACUCUGUCCAAAGACCCCAUCGGCAUCAUCUUCAAAGACGGCGAUGACCUCAGACAGGAUAUGCUCAUCUUGCAGAUUCUGCUGAUCAUGGAGUCGAUCUGGGAGACGGAAUCACUGGAUCUCUGUCUGUUACCAUACGGCUGCAUCUCCACUGGAAACAAGAUAGGUAUGAUCGAGACUGUGAAGGACGCCACCACCAUCGCUAACAUCCAGCAGAGUGUUGUGGGAAGCACCGGGGCUUUUAAAGAUGAAAUCCUCUGUCAGUGGCUGCGGGACAAGUGUGUCAGCGAGGACAAGUUCCAACAGGCUGUGGAGAGGUUCCUGUAUUCCUGCGGUGGCUACUGUGUGGCUACCUACGUUCUGGGUAUUGGGGAUCGCCACAAUGACAACAUCAUGAUCACCGAAUCUGGGAAUCUCUUCCACAUUGACUUUGGCCACAUCCUGGGGAAUUACAAGAGUUUCAUGGGAAUCAGUAAGGAGUGGGUUCCCUUUGUGCUCACACCAGACUUCCUGUACGUCAUGGGAACAUCGGGAAAGAAAAGUAGCCCCCACUUCCAGAAAUUCCAGGAUGUGUGUGUGAAGGCUUACCUCGCCCUUCGGCACCACACCAACCUGCUCAUCAUCCUCUUCUCCAUGAUGCUGAUGACCGGCAUGCCCCAGCUGACCAGCAAGGAGGACAUCGAGUACAUCCGCGAGGCACUGACAGUCGGCCGCAGCGAGGACGAGGCGCAGCGCCACCUCCUGGACCAGAUAGAGAUCUGCAGGGAAAAGGGCUGGAUGGUUCAGAUCAACUGGUUUGUUCACCUGGUGCUGGGGAUCAAGCAGGGUGUGGAGAAACGGUCCACUUAGGACUCUGUAUAAAUUAGGACAGAUUAAGAUUUCCUUAACGCAUUUCAUUUAUUUUUUUUUUUUCUUACAAGUCUUACAAGAAGGUUCCAACAGAAGACUGAAAAGUCAUUUUUUAAAGUCUCAGUAUACCUGCAAACACAGAUUUUGAAUUUUAGACCACGGGUCAUCUCAAAUAUAAUAGUCAUUUUUAUGAAGAAUAAUGACAGCAGAUGAAUAAUUUAGAAAUGGGAUUUGAAAAUCCCAUCAAAAGCGAUCAUUUCAACUAUGGAAAAAGACUGGAACUUGAGUCUGCAAGAGUGAGUUUAACCCGAGACACUGCAUGUAUGCAGACUUGGCACCGAGAUGCAUAAGUGCUAAAUGAAAUGUAAUGAAUUAUAGUCUAUGUUGAGGAGACAGGGAACAGGAUAUACAUCCCUAAGCACUGCUUAGACCAAGUCAAACAUCCACACCUAACUCAAUAACAUUUAUCAGUUUUUUUUUUUCUUUUCUUCUUUUGUCUCAAAUCAACUGUACUAUCGACUGGCGUUGCAUAAGUCUUUGCCUGCUUAGUUUUACCUCUCGUUUCCACACAUUUUCAACUGCUUAUCAGAUGAAACGGUUUCUAUCUGCCCAACCACCUCAAACAGUUAUUGAUAAUGAUUUUGGUUAAAUAAGAAACCUUUUGAAAAAAACAAACACACCAAAAAACAACUUAAAGGAGAUAUUUGUCUGAUUUUUACCUGAAUCUUGAUCGCUAGAUGUCACCGAGUACUGUCGAUGGGGGAAAAAAAUAAAAAAAAUAGUUAGCUAAAAUGCCAGUUCUAAAGAGUGCCUUUGUGCCUCUUAAAAGACACAAAAUGCAAAUAAAACAGGGCUCUUACGUGACAACAAGAUGCAUUUCAACUCCAACAUUGUGAAGAAACCCUUUAUAUUCAAAGUUUGUACUGUCACCUACCUAUUUCUCCAUCUGUCGCUUCACCAAAAGCCCAGAAGAGUCGGUCACGGUGGUCAUGCCAUCGCGACGAAAACUUGAAGUUUAUUAUUUCCCCUUCAAAAAAAGGUAAUUGAGCACUGUAGUGGUUAUGACCAUAUCAGUGACUAUGUAACUACAUGGCAACGGUCCAAAUGAUGCCUGUGGCUAGCUCUAGUCCCGCAGGAAUUCAGUUGUUGCAGGAAAUGGUAAACAGUAGUGUGCAGAUCGGAGCGUAGUGUGUGAAGAGUGAAGAUCGGAGGUGUGUAGAUCUACAGUGGAAAACAAAAUGGUUCGUGUUUGUGCUUUUCCGAAUUGUGGCAACAGAAUGAGAAAAGUAUCUAAACUUUCAUCGUCUACCUUUCGGUGAAGCGACCGAUGGAAAAAGAGGUAGGUGACAGGACAAACUUUGAACUUAAACGGUUUCUUCACAGUGUCUGAGUUGAAAACGCACCUUGUUGUCACGUAAGGGCCCUGUUCAUGUUGCACAGACAUUUUAAUUGCAUUUUGUGUCUGAAGUGGCACAAAGGCACUUUUUAGAACAUGCCCCCACAUCUGGCAUUUUAGCUAACUGGAAGCUCUGACCAUUAGCUUCAGCAACUUCAGUUUGCUAGCACCGAUUUUGGUAGUUUUUUUUCCCCCUAUCGACAGUACUCGGUGACAUCUAGCGAUCAAGAUUCAGUUAAAAAUUGGACGGAUUUCUCCUUUAAGCACGGAAUUGGAUCUCUACAUCCUCUAUUUUCAUCCUUUCACAAAGGCAAACUACUUAUUGUUUCUAGUUGUCCUUUCCUGCUGAGGAAACCCAUUUCCUUCACAUUGUUUUAAUCUUAAACAUAGUGCGGGUCACAGUGUUCCUUGGAUUCUCGCUAAAGUAGUGCUCCACUGGCCCUCCACUCCAAGAGGAGCAGUUAGGAUUAAAGAUUAAAGGAUCAGUCUGUGAAUUAGUUUAUUAUGUUUAUGUUUAUUGUUCGGAAAACACUUGGUUUUGUUGACUAAUAUACAAAGAAUUAUUGAAUACGUUGGACUCUCCUGGUCAGAGACAGGAAAUAAUGUAAUGAAGAGUUUUAUUAUUUAUAUUAUUAUCAAUCUUUUCAUUUGCACCGAUUGUUCAGGAAUACUUCUUAGAUGUCUUAAAAGCGUGAAAUUUAAAUUCCAAAACUGUGUAUUAAGAGUCAAAUUGAAUCAUGCUCAUUUGUAAUGGCCUGUUGGAGGCAGUUAGCACAUGCUGGUCAGUGCUGUAGUCACUUCUUAUAGGAGGGUGGAACAUAAAAGUGAUUUUUUUUUUUUGUCUAAUAUAUAAUGAUUUUGAUGAUAAAUGAUAUUUGAUUUUAAAAUCUGUGGAAACCAGGUCACAUUUUCUAGCAAAGUAAACACCCAUACAAGCCAACUUUGACUGAAAAUACACACAUCUCUCAAGUUUCCCCCCCCCCUAACAGAUUGUGGACAUAGUGUAGAGGAAGUGGAUCAGAUUUUUACAUUAAGCAUAAGUUACUAUUAACUAUACAGUUGGAGAUGAAAGCUUCAAUUAACAUCAGCAUUUAAAAAAAAUAAAUCAGUAUAUAUUUUUUAAGCUUGCAUAAAAAAACAUGUUGGAAAAAUCUAAACCUUCCUCUUUUUUCAGAAAUAACAUUUUGUAAAGCGCAUUUUGCGACUGUAAAUGCUUUCAAUCAUUGAUUCUGGAAAUAAAAUGCUUACGUCAAAUGUUAUCAGACAAUUAAAGUUAUCUACUUUUUGUU